CAUUUAUCGUAAUCGUAUUAAAAAAAAAACGUAGGUUAAAUGCACCAGUCACCAGUGGCCACCAUGACAGUAAACGUGUGAAAAGAAAGGGCAAUUGGCAAAGGAACGAGACAAAGAGAGAGAGAGAGAGAGAGAGAGAGAGAGAGAGAGAUAUUGUGAGUUUAUUUUGUAUCCGCAUGUAUGCUCGUGAAACCGUUAUUUGGCCGGCUUUAUAUCGUCCGGUUCCACAAUUGGCUGUGUGUGACUGCAUCUCCCUUAACGGCUUCCUCGUUUGUUGGUAAGCCCGCUGCAUAUGAGGAGGUCUCAAGUAUUCGGAACGAGUACACCAAUAUAAAAAACCGAACACGAGCGUGCCGAAGCGUUCGACGGAAAAAAGAAAAAGAAACAAAUUGGGUGGUGGUGCGCAUGCGCGAAACCCCUCCCCUACCAGACGACUUGCGGAGUGAAUUACCGGAACCGUCGGCGGACUGAUUGAACGGAAGAGGUAAAGAGAGAGGAACGCACGGUGGAACAAUGCCGUGGGCACGUUGGUGGAACGCCGUUAUCGCGAGCAGUCGGCCUAGGACGUGGGAACGACUGGAUGCCUUUGUGGGGUCAGUAACGCCAGGAAGCAGAGUCCAGCGGCCGGCCGUCGGCAGAACACUCCAUCGUGGCAUGGCGAGCGUCACGCCCGGUAACAAGGUCCUCACCGAGGACAACGUCUUCAUGAACCUCCGGAAGAUGGAAUACGCGGUGCGCGGACCACUUUUAUUGCGCGCCAUCGAGAUCGAAAAGGAGCUCCAAAAGGGGGCCAAAAAACCAUUCAAAGAAGUGAUAAAAGCCAACGUGGGAGAUGCCCAUGCAAUGGGUCAGCAACCCAUUACCUUUCUGAGGCAAGUAUUGACCCUGACAGUGUCUCCAAGCCUCAUGGACGACCCCAGUUAUCCAGAGGAUGCAAAAGAGCGAGCUAGAAACAUCCUGUGCGGGUGCAAAGGAGGCAGCGUGGGAGCAUACUCGGAAUCAGCUGGGAUCGAGAUCAUUCGCAAGCAUGUGGCCGAGUAUAUUCAAGAUCGUGAUGGAAUCCCGUGCAACUAUGAAAAUAUCAUCCUUUCGAAUGGCGCCUCCGAUGGUAUUAAAUCGUUCCUGAAACUAUUUAACGAGAGAAUAGAUGGAAAGCCAUCCGGCGUGAUGAUUCCAAUUCCCCAGUAUCCUCUCUAUUCAGCCACAUUGGCAGAAUUUGGCUUGGCCCAGAUCGGCUACUACCUUAACGAGGAGAACAAAUGGGCCUUAGACUCUUCUGAAUUGGACAGAGCAUUGAACGAAUCUGAAAGAAACUGCAAUCCUAGAGUGUUGGUUGUGAUAAAUCCUGGGAAUCCAACUGGCCAGGUUCUGACACGCAAUAAUAUCGAGGACGUGAUUCGAUUUGCGUACAAAAAUCGUUUGUUUUUGUUGGCGGAUGAGGUUUACCAGGACAAUGUUUAUGAUAAGGACAGUGCCUUCCAUUCGUUCAAAAAAGUCAUGACCGAAAUGGGAGAACCUUAUUCCAAAAUGGAACUUGCGUCUUUUAUGUCUGUGUCUAAAGGAUAUAUGGGAGAGUGUGGAAUCCGUGGCGGGUACUCGGAGAUCAUAAAUAUGGAUCCAAAAGUAAUGGCGAUUUUAUUGAAAUCGAUCUCCGCGAUGCUAUGCCCGACCGUUCUUGGUCAAAUCGUAAUGGACGUUGUAGUGAAUCCACCAAAACCACAGGAACCAUCGUACGAACUAUUUAAAAAGGAAAAGGAAUAUACUUUGCGCUCGUUGGCGGAAAGGUCGGAACUGGUGGUCGAUACACUAAAUAGCAUUCCAGGUUACAAAGUGAAUCCAGCAAUGGGCGCAAUGUACGUAUUUCCACGAAUCGACCUACCAAAGAAAGCCAUAAAAGCGGCGGAGGCGGCAGGCCAGCAGCCGGACGUUUUCUAUGCCUUCAAAUUGUUGGAGACCACCGGAAUAUGCGUAAUACCUGGCUCGGGUUUUGGACAACGACCCGGAACCUAUCACUUUAGGACCACAAUUUUACCACAGAAAGAAAAAAUAAAAACGAUGCUCGAGAGCCUAAGACAGUUUCAUCUCAAGUUCCUGGCAGAGUAUAAAUAAUCCUAACGUCGUUACAUUUCAAAUUAGUCCUCGAAGUGCCAGUAAUACUGAUUUUUUUUUAUGAAAAUGAGUAUUAAAUUCAUGUAAACUGUAACGAAGAAUUUAUAUAAAUUAACUCAAAUUUUUUGGAAUAACAUACAUAUAUGAGUCGUUUGCAAGCUAAGUCCGAUUAACUCCAUAAAAGGAAAAAUCAAAGAAAUUGAUAAAUUAAUAUACAUUCCUUUUAAAAUUUGAAUUUCUUAUUGUCAAUUUUUAGCGCCGAGUAUAAUGGUCAAGGAAAUUUAUUGUAAAUAUAAAAAGUUUAUGUAUAUUGAUCAAAUGGUUUGGUAUUAAAAUUUUUAUAUGUUAAAAGUGAAUAUUUAAUCGAUGUAGCUUGUAAAUGGUUCAUAUAUUGCACCGAACAAUUGUUAAAGACUUGUAAAACAAAAAACUGUGCAAAUCCAUUAUGGGCACAAGUUUUGGCACCCGAGAGAUUAAAGUUCUAUUUGAACUGAUUAUUUACACGAAUUUGUUGAAUAUUUGUAAAUAGUAUGAAUUUAUAAUCAUGUUUAUGAUACAUGGGCUUUUUUUUAGGAGUGUGGAAUGCGUGAUUAAAUGUCUGCUGUGCGUCUGUAGUGAUCAACGGAUCACAGAUACGUUUUUAUGAAGUCUGCGUGUGUCAACUUGUACCCGCCACUGUAAACUGUUUUUGUUACGCAAAAUACUUUAAACCUAAAAACUAUAUAAACAGAUUGUAUAGAUAAACGAGGAAAUGGUGGUUUAAAUUGCAGUUUUAUGUAAGAAUGGAACAAAAUUGUUAAUCGCCGAUACUUUUAUGUUUGUCCGAGAUCGAGAAACUAACAAUAUAAACUCCACCUACUUGUUGAAUAUUAAACAAACUGUUCAUUGUCAA